GGACACACGUAAUUCUUGGCUGAUGUCACGAACAUUAACUAAAAUUUGUGAAAAGUAUUUGUUUGAAAAGUGAAAUUGUGUUUUUUGUUUAAUCUAAAGUUAGAAUCGUUAUUAUAUGCAAAAAAUUGUGUCGCGAGAGUCGUAAUKUGUUGUGUUURUAUUGGGAAAAUUUCGUAAGUGCGUUUUCGGGUUUGUUCGUGGGUGUAUAUGCGCGUAUUUAUGAAUGUAACAAUUGCGUUGGUACUUCACGCGGUUCUCGCUUGGUUUAUGUAUGUCGCGUGUGUCGAAUAUUAAGUGCCAUAGUAUAGUGUUCCUUUAAAAAAAGCGCGUGGAGCAAUAUGGCCAAGGCAUGUUUAAAUAAGGUGCAGUACUACAAAGAUGUCAUCAUAAUUUUCGUGUGUCGGCAAAAUAAUUGGGGGCAUAAAGUGACCGUCGAGCGGUGACAGCUGCGCGAUAGCAAAAAAUAAAAUCGCUGAUAGUUUUUGCAUUAAGCUUUAACUGUGAAAAAAAAAAGUUUUCGCGUCUUCAGUUAACGGUAAAAUAGCGGUAUAUACGGCAAAUACGGUUUCGGUUUCGCGUUUAAUUUCGCGGUGUUUCGCAUCGGUUACGGUUGAAUUAAAAUUUUUCGGUAUUUAAACGGUAAAAAUAAACAGACGACCAAAUGUUGGCCUUUCAUAACGAGCACAUUGCAAGUUGUGCCUUUUUAACUUACUUUAGCCCGGAGAGCACAACGACGGCUGCUAAUUCGCCAACAACGCCACAAGCAGCUGUGCUCAAUGAUAAAACGGCCUUAACUGGGAUGAACCGUGCUUUACAGCUCAAGCCAGCUGAAAGUGAAAGUCGAAGCGAGCAUUUAGAUCGCAAACUGUUCGUUGGUAUGCUAAGCAAGCAACAAACCGAAGAGGAUGUUAGACAAAUAUUCAGCCCAUUUGGCAGCAUAGAAGAGUGCACCAUAUUGCGUGGUCCGGAAGGCGCCAGCAAAGGUUGUGCUUUCGUCAAAUUUAGUUCACAACAGGAGGCCCAGUCCGCCAUAACCAAUUUACACGGAAGUCAAACUAUGCCGGGUGCUUCCUCCAGUCUUGUUGUGAAAUUUGCCGAUACUGAGAAAGAGCGACAGAUACGACGUAUGCAACAAAUGGCGGGUCAUAUGAAUUUACUUAAUCCCUUUGUCUUUAAUCAAUUUGGACCAUAUGGAGCUUACGCGCAGCAACAACAAGCUGCUUUAAUGGCCGCCGCUGCCACUGCACCCGGCUCGUAUAUGAAUCCGAUGGCCGCGUUGGCAACGCAAAUACCUCAUGGCUUAAAUGGCACCGGUCAACCAUCGCUGCCCUCACCGACCAUGCCCAAUUUCAAUAUGGGCGCUCAAACGCCAAAUGGACAACCCGCUGCUGCAGCGGCCGCAGCAGCCGCCGCCGCCGCUGAUGGCGUCUUUACGAAUGGCAUUCCGCAAACGGCAUUCCCGGGACAUCCACUCCAUUUAACAAUUCCACCACAAGGUCUGCCUAAUGGUGAUGCUGCCGCCUUACAGCAUGCCUUCACUGGAAUGCCACCAUUUCCAGGAGUUGCCUUUCCCGCCGUUUAUGGACAAUUUCCACAAGCUUUACCACCACCUCUAGCGGCGGUUGCACCCACUCAACGUGAAGAUUUUCUGAUGUUCCCAGGAUGUUCGAUUUCGGGACCGGAGGGAUGUAAUCUAUUCAUAUAUCAUUUGCCGCAAGAAUUCGGCGAUGCGGAAUUGAUGCAGAUGUUCCUGCCAUUUGGUAAUGUGAUCAGUUCAAAGGUCUUCAUUGAUCGCGCUACAAAUCAGAGUAAAUGUUUUGGUUUUGUUUCAUUCGAUAAUCCUGCCAGCGCUCAAGCGGCCAUUCAGGCAAUGAAUGGUUUCCAGAUUGGCAUGAAAAGACUGAAAGUUCAACUGAAGCGGCCAAAGGAUGCCAGCCGACCCUAUUAACAAUCGGAGUUCCUUAAAGCGUUAAACAACAUUAACAAUUACAAACGAUUACUUCUUUCGAAAAUAAUGAUGAAACAGUAAUUCCAAGAGCAACAAAAAAAUAUACACAAAUAUAUAACAAAAAAAUCUAUUUUCAAAUAGAACAAAAAAAAAUKAAACAAAACUAAAAGUAAAAGCGCAGCAAGUAAGCCUCUACAUAUAACAACAGUCAGCGGCAGUAACAGCCAGCAGCAAAAGAAAAAAAAGUCGCAGUAAAGUAGUCAAUAGAUUCCAAUAAACUGAAUACAAAUACUGAUUCCGCAAAAUAAAUUCACCAAGCAACAUAUGUGCAAGUUUACAAUAAUGAAUAUCCCAGUGCAA